AUGGAGGCUACACAAGACAAUGUCGUUGUUGGCCACGAACCAGCCAUUCACGCUGAGAAAAGCGGAUACCUCUUUGGCUUUCCCAUCGCUCACUCUUUCUCGCCAAUAUUGCACAGCGAGAUCUUCAAACAGAUUGGAUCACCAUGGACUUUCGACCUCCUAGAGUCGACCGACAUGCCUCAUUUCUUGGAGCUGAUCCGAGACCAGAGGUUAUACGGGUCGGCUGUGACCAUGCCACACAAAGUCGCCAUAAUUCCAUACUUGGACGGUCUAACGGAUGAAGGCCGAGACGUUGGAGCUGUGAACACCAUCUUCCGCAGAGGUGACCAGAUCAUUGGAACCAACACAGAUACAAUCGGCGUGCGGGAAAGCUUCUACCAGAAUGUCGCUAAUCCCAAUCAAGUCUUCCAUGGCCGACCAGGUAUGGUAGUUGGUGGUGGUGGUGCAGCCAGAUCAGCCAUAUAUGCUCUUGUCAAGUUCAUGCAGUGCAAGACCAUAUAUCUUGUAAACCGAGACCCAUCAGAGGUCGAGGCUGUUAUGGAGUGGUGCAAGUCGCAAGGAUAUGGUGAUGGUCUCGUACAUGUUACCACUGCUGCUCAAGCCGAGUCACUGGAAGGACCAGGGGCGAUAGUUGCUUGUGUGCCAAACUUCCCUCCGGUAACGGAUGCCGAAAAAGAGGCACGCAAUAUUGUUGAGGUCUUCUUGUCCAAGUCUCACAAAGGUGCCAUGCUUGAGAUGUGCUAUCAUCCAUCUCCCUGGACAGAGCUUGGGGACCUUGCUGAAAAGGCCGGUUGGCAGGUCGUUUUGGGGACGGAGGCCAUGAUAUAUCAAGGCUUUGAACAGCACAAAUACUGGCAUGGCACUCCCAUGAGCCAGCAAAGUAUACAAGCAGUGAAGGAUGUCAUUGCUCGAGAGCUUGGCAAGGCUAGACUGUAG